UCUCGGAGGAUUUCAAUCCGAGUGUUAUCAAUGGAAGCGGUUUCGAAACACGAUUUCACUGCUACAGCAGACGAUGAAUUAUCCUUCAAAAAGGGCGCAAUAUUAAAGAUUAUUAAAUUUGAUGAUGAUGAUAAUUGGUAUACUGCUGAACUGAAUGGCAAACCUGGUCUUGUGCCAGCAAAUUACAUUGAAUUGAAGCCUUAUAAUUGGUAUCAUGGAAAAAUAUCAAGAAAAAAUGCUGAACAUUUACUGAUGAAACAAAAAUUUGAUGGAGCAUUUUUGAUAAGAGAAAGUGAAAGCACACCAGGAGAUUUUUCGCUUUCAGUAAAAUUCCAAGGUAAUGUUCAGCACUUCAAAGUCCUAAGAGAUGGAGCUGGCAAGUACUUUUUGUGGGUUGUCAAGUUUAAUUCUCUUAAUGAACUGGUGGAUUAUCAUCGUACAUCAUCUGUCAGUAGAUCACAGACAAUUUACCUUAAAGAUAUGGCAGGUGACAACCCAAGUGAGGAAAGAUACACAGCGGCAUAUGAUUUCUCUCCUGAAGAGGAGGGUGAACUGUAUUUCAAAAAAGGAGACAUAAUAGUUGUAAUAGAUAAAGAGGACGUCAACUGGUGGAAGGGAAAGAACACAAGCACUGGUAACAUUGGUCUUUUCCCAGCUAAUUAUGUCAGAAAGUAACAUUUUGUGUUCAAAAUAAGGUACAUUACAUGACCAAUGUCACUGGAGACUGACCACCCAUUAUUUGGUGUUUGGUUUGUCCAGAUCAUGAAUUAAAAAUAGGAGCCUUUUAAAAUGUAUUUGUAAAAAUUCAGUAAAAAUUCAGAUUUAUUCCUAAAAAUGAUAUUUAUACGCGCCCCUUCUCCCUCUCAUUUCUGGAAAUAUAUUUCAAUGCAUUGAUUGUUAUUUAUUGUUCUCGGCAGCCCCCGCACUUGUUAAUUAGUGUCUGAAAUUAUUUGGGUUGCAGCUAAUUAUAAUACUAGUAUGUAAUAAAUUAGGCAUUCUUGUGGGUUUGGGGAAAAACUGGGGGUUUGGGGGAACUUUGGAAAUUUUUUUUUUGCUAGGUCCCAUUUUUCUCCCAAGCAUGUAUAGUUGAAACAGGAACCCCAAAACCCUGAUUCUUUCUCAAACCCAUCACAAGAAUGCCUGUUCUGCAGGCUAGUAAUAAAUUAGGAUUUGAAUUGUUAAUGUUAGGAAACUGCAGCAAUAUUGUACAUAAAUAUUAUGCUGUUAGAAGUGCUAGAUGUAGGUAUUAGCCAUCCAGCACUUGGGAAUUGUCAAGGGCAAGGCUGGAACUUGAGAAUGAAUAAAUCAUGAAUGUUCUGAUGUUUGAACAGGUCAUGAUUAAAAAAAAAACCUGGACAAGAACGACUUCACUGGGGGUAAAAAGAUCCUUAAGCAAAAUUUGCUUCAUUGUAUUUCAAAGUUUUAAUUAAAUAUUUAGGUUCAAAAAAGAAAAUUAUAGAAGGGCUUUAAGUUGUGAUCAUAUUAUUUUCUCAGUUCAAUCACUAAUAAACUGCUAAACUAAUCAAAAUAUACAUCAAUAUUAUGAUAAAAAGCUACGGUCCCUAAAAUCAUCACAGUAUUUUGAACAAGACCCAGAAGUUUUUUUUAAUGAUGACAUGACGUCAUAUAUUUAAAGUUCUCACGACAAAAAGAUUUUUCAAAAAAAAUCUUGGCUAAAUAUGGACACCCAUUUUGCUAUACAGGUUGAUCUUGUCUCAUUACCCAUACAGCUAUAACUGCAUGAUGUGACAGACCAUUUAAUUUCCAACUUCUUGAGAGUAAAAUUAUUUCCUUGCAUUAUAUACAAUAGACCUUUUGUUGUUCAUUGCGGAAAUUUCAGACCAUGUGAUGCCACUACCUUGGAGUUGAUUCUUUCAUGUGCAAAUAUUUUGACAUGUUUGUCAUAAAAAAACAAUUUUCAAUGGAAUGUCAUGUGAUCUGAAAUGGGCUUUUUGCAUACAAAGGUCUAUAAUAUGUGUGCAUGUACUAUAUGCACAAGCAUUGAUGGCAAAGAAAGAAAUAAUACUCAAGAGAAUGACACAUGAUCUUGUAAUUUUUGAUAGGUCAAACUAGAGUCCAACUAUUUUAGUGUUACGUUAGCUAGUUUAGCUAAUACUCAAUCUGUUUUGAAUAUUAAGUUAAAUUGUCAAUUUUUCAUCCCAGGUUUUAAUAAACACAUUAGUUGGUCUGUUCA